AUGGUCAUCGCGGCGCAGGCAUACUCCGUCAGAAAUCUCACACCUCCGUUAGGUAAGUCUCAGGAUCUAGUAGGACUAGGUCGUCAUAGAUGCUUAGCUUUCUGGAUCCGAAAGGACGUAACCGGAAUUGAACCACCAAUGUCCUCCUUCCUCGAAAGCGCCAAAUUUGCACGUGAAAAAGAAUCGUUCGAGGUUUACGAACGUGUAAGUGGCCGAGACAAUGAACUGUGGUGGCUAGCCGAUGUGUCAAGUCAGUGUCUUUAUCCUCCCACACAAGUCUGGUACCAACUUAUCGGCUUCGGAGGAAUGAAAGACGUGGCAGAACUUCGUUCCUGUACAGGCAUUUUCAAGCUGACUGCAAUGCAUUACGCACUUAUUGUUGUUGCCCUGGCUGUGACUUUGAUGGAAUGUUCUGUCGCGUUACCGGACUGUGGCAAAGAGAUGCCUAGUGUAGUACCUCCUCUUGACAGCAGUACAAGGACGAGAUUAUCGGACGCAGUUCACGGAAAAGCACAGGGUGGCGAAUUGGAAUACAACUGUCACCUGGAAUACCUUGGAUGGUUGGCAUUGAACGACCCAUCUGACAGUGAGCUGGGAUGGCUUCCAUAUGAAGACACAUACCUUCUCAACUUCAGCAAGAAGGGUGACGAAGGAAACAAACCGACAGAAGAAUUCGUCACCGAGUUGGGAAAAGACACUAAAGUAACGGGAAAAUCAUGGAAACUGUUUGGUUGCAACUACAUGUACAAAGAAGGAGAGCAUAAAUACAUGUGCGUCUUCUAUAACUAUUAG